AUGGUGCAUCAUUUCCACAACAAUUUUUCCCAACAAAAUCAAAUUAUAACUGUUCCAGCACCCAAAGCAAUUGUUGCUGCAGUAGCAAAGAACAGUGAUACAUCAAAUUCAUUAAAACCCAAUGAAGAAUUUGGUGUUUUAGGAAGAAUUGGUAUUGGUUUAGCUAUUAUUGGUGGUGUGAUUAAUUGUACGCUUUAUAAUGAUAAAUAUGAAAAGAUUAAAAAAAACCUUGUUUUCUUUAAAUUUGAAUAUAUUCUAGUUGAUGAUGGUCAUCGAGAUGUUAUUUUUGAACAUUUUCAAGGUGUUAAACUAGAUGUUAUUGAAGAAGGAACUCAUUUUAUGAUUUCAUGGCUUCAUAGACCAAUUAUAUUUGAUAUUCGUACACGACUACGAUCUGUUCCAUCAAUAACAGAAAUAAAAGAUUUACAAACAAUUAAUAUAACAUUACGUAUUCUUUAUCGACCAAGAGCUGAACUUUUACCAAAAAUUUUUUGCAAAUUUGGUUUUAAAAUCUGUUGUACUAAGUCUCAAUUUGAUGCUUUUGAAUUGAUUACACAACGUACACUUAUUUCUCAACGUGUUAGUGAAUUAUUAACAGAACGUGCUGCUCAAUUUGGUUUAUUACUUAAUGAUAUUUUAAUUACACAUUUAAGUUUUAGACCUGAAUUUGCAAGUGCUGUUGAAUUAAAACAAGUUGCACAACAAGAUGUUGAAAAACAACGAUUUUUAGUCGAAAAAACGGAACAAAGUCGUCAAGCAAAUGUUAUUGCAGCAGAAGGUGAUGCUCGUGCAGCUGAUUUGAUUGGCAAAGCUUUAGAUGAAGUUGGUGAUGGUUUGAUCGAACUUCGACGAAUUGAAGCCGCUGAAGGUAUUACAAAUCAAUUAUCAAAAUCAAGAAAUAGCGUCUAUUUACCACAUGGUCCUCAAAUGUUACUUAACAUUACUGGUGCUAUGCAAUAA